CGUUCCUGGCUGGAACACUUUGCCAAAGCUCAGCAUUUCGUCUUUCUCAUUGUCAUUCAAGAGUAGCUUCACAUUCUAGCAUUAUGUACACACGUCUUCCCAAGAGCUUUUGGUGGUGUCUGUUUCUCGUCCUGAGUGCUUUUGUUGCCACAAUUGACGCCCUCGAAGCGUUUCAAGCUAUGGUUCCACCUUCUGCGGCCGGCCUAAGUAAUGGCAUCGGCAAGAGAUUUGCCCGUGAUAUCCCCGAGGAGCUCCCAGUGCUUCCUGCUCUCCACAAUACUCGUCACACUCACCGUCGCCGAAACGCUGCUCCGGAUUCAGAGCAAGUUCGUCGCAGGGAACGCAGAGAUUAUCCGGAAGAAUUGUAAAGGGGAACUGCGAGUGUUUGAUUUGGUGAUCCGCCAUGGAGUGUGAAUCCAGCGGCGGAUACUUGCAGCGAAUAUCCUCGGGAAGUCCUGGUUCUUUACUUUAUAAAAUAGAACUAUAUCCGCCUAUAUAAGAAACACUCAUCAUCUGCACA